GGCGGGGCGGCGGCGCUUGUACAUGACUGGCUGACGGCACGCCGUGCAUUGGUGUACAGGAAGUCUGCACUUCAGCUGCGGUAAUGUCCGGCUUGGUUCCCUCUGUGAGCAGCUGCGGCGCACGUUGGCGCUAGGUAAUGACGUCACUUCCGCUGCUUCCAGUGCUUUUUAAAGCUGAAAUGUCGCUGAUUCGCCUUGGCAAGUUGCGUCAGCAGUCCAGUGUCCUGUUCCUAUGUGACAUGCAGGAGAAGUUUCGCCAUAACAUCGUCUUCUUUCCUCAGAUUGUAUCUGUGGCUGCUCGGAUGCUUCAGGCUGUCAAGUUAUUGGAAAUGCCAGUUAUUGUUACUGAGCAAUACCCAAAGGGGCUUGGUCCUACUGUGCCAGAGCUCGGAGCUGAUGGCAUAACAAAAUACUCGAAGACCUGUUUCAGUAUGCUGACCCCUGAGGUGGAGAAGGAGCUUCAGUCCAUCCCUAACCGGCGCUCUGUAAUCCUGUGUGGCAUUGAGACACAGGCGUGCAUUAUGAGCACCACAUUGGAGCUGUUGGAUAAAGGCUUUGAUGUACAUGUUGUAGCAGACGCUUGUUCAUCUCGCAGCCAGGUGGACCGCCUUGUAGCUCUGUCCCGCAUGAAGCAGAGUGGAGCAUUUCUAACCACUAGUGAAGGAGUGAUCCUGCAAUUGCUUCAAGACUCCACCCAUCCAAAAUUCAAAGAGGUUCAGAAGAUCAUAAUGGAAUCAGCUCCUGACAGUGGACUUUUGUCUCUCUUUCAGAACCAGAAUCCUCUCUUUACCUAAAUUUCUGUGUAGUAAUUAUUACCAGUUGUGGAGAUAAGGGUUGGUCAGUGCAAAUGGCAGAUUUAAAAUAUUAUUGGAAUCAAAAUAAAAUUAUUUUUUAUCAAA